UAGAACGUAAUAGGGUUUUUGGCUAUGGAGCCUUCUGGUCGGGUGUUCGUCACGGUUGGCACCACCAGCUUUGAUGCCUUGAUUCGUAUCGUCGACAGCAACGAAUUCCAAGACGUGCUACUCUCGCGAGGCUACUCGUCACUGCGCCUCCAAAUUGGCCGCGGAACGUACCUCCCACAAAUCACGACGCGCGAGCGCGACGACGAUCACCAUCGUCUCCGAGUGGACUACUUCACAUUUGCUCCCAAUCUGGGCGAGCAGCUGAGCAGCGCCGAUCUGGUCAUCAGUCACGCGGGGUCCGGGAGUAUCUUCGAGACGCUACGCGCGGGCAAGCCUCUGGUGGUAGUGAUCAACGAGGAUCUCAUGGACAAUCAUCAGUGCGAGCUCGCCGAGGAGCUGGCGCGCAAUCGAUUCUUGAUCUGUGCAAAGCCGUCCACGCUGGUGGCCGCCGUCAAGGCGAUGGAGCUCGGCACCCUGCUACCAUAUCCUCGCUCCUCGCCCGCGGCCCUGGUGGCGGCAUUGGACAAAUUUCUUGGAUGAAAACCAAAAUUUCUACC